AUGCUCUUCGAAUGCCUGCACUCUCUGUGCCAUUUGAUGGGUUUUCCUAGUGAAACGGGGCUGUUUCAGGUGGAUGAGAAAAGGGAGCCUUUGAAAAGCAAGAACAAUGAAGGGUGGAGCAGCGAAAAAGGAUCUGGGAAGAAAAAAGGCCUGGAAUGCUAUGAAAAAGAGGCUGAGAAGCAGGGGGUGGUCUGCCCCCAGGUCCUGGCUGAAACUCCUUUGCCGAGGGAGCGAGUUGUUCCAGCGUCGCUCUCCCUGGCAGAGGAGCUGUCCCAAGCGAUGCUGCGCAUGGACAUGGCCCUGGAAAGGGAGUACGCCUUUGACAUCUUCAGCAGCUUGAUGAAACAGCCAUCGUAUGCAUUCCAGGGCUUUGACCUGCCACGGUCUGUAACGGUGGAGAUGCGAGCCCUUCUUGUUGACUGGCUGGUGCAAGUGCACGAGUAUCUGAGUCUAGCAGACGAGACCCUCUACCUGGCAGUCUACCUCAUGAACGCCUAUAUGAAGGCUGGCCGGGUCAGGAUCCCUCACCUGCAGCUCCUCAGCGUCACCUGCCUCUUUCUGGCCUGCAAACUGGAAGAACAUACUUGUCCAGAGCCAGCCCAGUUGUGCUUCCUGAUGGAGGACUCGUGCAGCCGAAAGGAUCUUCUGCGGAUGGAACGCAAAGUCCUGGCCCGGCUCAGGUUUGAGCUGCACUACGCCAACCCCAUCCACCUGUUCCACCUCCUGGCAGAAGCGGCCCAUUGCACCUUGGAGGUGAAAUUCUUGGCCCUCUAUUUCAUGGAAGUGUCUUUGAUGGAGGUGGACUGCCUGCGUUUUGAGCCUGCCCAGCUGUGCUUUGCUGCUUUGUCUCUGGCACAGCUGCUGUUGUGUGAAGCCAAAAUCAAAGACAUGGAUGUUCUUCAGGAAUGUUUUCCAAAGUUCCACGUGUACAGGGAGGCUGAGCUGUCUGCUGUCUUCCCGUACAUGGCCAAGGCAGUUUUGCAGGGGGCCAACUCCACCCUUCGUGCCAUCUUCCUGAAAUACUCUAGGCCACAGAAGCUUUGUGCCAGCACCAACCCUGCCAUUGCUGCCUCUAAGUUCCUGAGCCACUUGGAACGCACUCGCUUGGAGACCGGCUUGGAAAUCGCUGGAGACGCGGACGCUCUGCAGAGUUGUAUCGAGCCCCUUGGUGAGGAACAGCGUCAGCUGGGGCGGCCGUCCUCCCGCUGGAGCGCUGCCUGGAGCCGCCCCUCCCGCUUUGGUCCCGAGCCAUGCGAGGUCAGGCUGCCGGUGCUGAUGCGGGAGGAGUCUCCCACAAUGCACUGCUGCGCUCCCGGCUCGCCGACCGGCGGAAGCAGGCGUUGGCUAGGCAUGGGCUUUGGCCUCUGA